CAGGAAAGUGAUGGGAUUCUAUAUCUAAAGGUCUCAAGCUGCAUUCACACUGAAGCUUGUCAGUUUGACAGUGUGCAGGCAAAAAAAAGCCCCAAAACGCAGCUACGGAACAGAAACCUUUCACUACAUCAGGAUGUCUGUGAAGCUGCUGGGUCUCUGCCUGCUGCUGGUUCUGUUGUGUCCCAGCUGGGCAGAUAAACAAACGUGUCUCCGAUCCUCCUCUAGCUGUGAUGAGUGCAUCCAGUCUGGCCCGGAGUGUGCUUGGUGCACCGGCGUGUACUCUAACGUCCACUGUGAUACCUUGAAGAGGCUGCGGAGAGCAGGCUGUCGUAAAACUGACUUAUAUAACCCUCAGGGCAGGGUGCACGUUGUCAGGAAUCAAGCAAUAGAUGCCAAGGCCGUGUUGCUCCAGCCCCAAGAGAUCUCCCUACAUCUGAGACCGGGGGUGGGCGAGUGCUUUUCUCUCAGCAUCACCAAGCCUACAGACCAGCCUAUCACAGAGCUGACCAUGGACACCAGCCCUGUGCCAGCAGGAGUCAACAUCACAUUCAGUAGCAUCAUGGAUGAAAACCCUCUGGUCGUACAGGUGGAUGUUGAGGCUGCCCAGUGUCCCACUGACAGUGACGACUCAAACCAGAAGCAGAACAGGACCGGGCCCUGGUCGGUCCACAUCACACCCAGAGGCUUUUCACAGAGUGUGAAGUUAGAGAUAACUCUGGAGUGUCAGUGUGACUGCACAAGAAACCGUGAGGAAAACAGCCCUAGCUGCUCUGGGCAUGGGGCUCUUGUGUGUGGCCAAUGCGAGUGCAACAAGACUUAUAGUGGACUGCAGUGCCAGACGGUUACGGAUUAUUUUUCUGCACCAAAUGAAGACUUGUGCCGCUCAGGCCCAAAUGACCCUGUGUGCAGCGGUAGGGGAGAAUGUGUGGAGGGAUUCUGUGAGUGUGAGAGACAAAUAAACCCAGCAGAAAGAUACAGUGGAAGAUUCUGCGAGUGCAGCAACUUUGACUGUCCAUACCACAACAAAAGGCCAUGUGGAGACCAUGGGAGUUGUGAAUGUGGACGCUGUGUUUGUGAUGACAACUGGACCGGGGAAGACUGCAGCUGCACAAUGGAAACCAGUUCCUGUAUGGCAAUAAACGGGAACCUGUGUAAUGGUAGAGGGUUAUGUCAAUGCGGAAUAUGUAAAUGUGAGGGACCAUACAUGGGCCCGACCUGUGAGAUCCUGAGUUGAGACAGGAGCAAAGAAGGACAGGUGUGAUCAGGAGUGCGGCAACCUCAGCGUGACAACGGUGGAGACCAGAGAUCAUCUCCCUUAACCCAGUACAACUAGUUCAAUAUGUAAAGAGAGGAGCUCUGAUGAUGACUGCUUCUUCUACUACACCGUGCUCAGGAUGUCCUCUAGAGCAGUAGUUCUCAACCUUUUUGAGUCGCGACCCCCAAUUUAACAUGCAUGUUGUCUCACUGAACAGAAUCUCACUCGCACAGUUCAGAUCAUACAAACUCAGUUGAUACGACGCAUUUUGGACAAAUAAUGAAGCAGACAACAACUAAAGCAUCUCUCUGUCUGUGCAUUUAUAUAUGUUUUUAUAUUCUAUUGUUACUUUUAAUCCUUUGCUAUAAGCUUAAAGGUCCAUUCUGACCUCCCGAGUGUGAAACAGUCAGCUUCAAGCCAGAGACUCCUUGGAAAGUAACAACUUGCUACUUUGGGAUUUGUCAGAAAAGACACAAAAUUACCCAAAAAAGAAUCAAAUUGACCACAAAAUGACCAAAAAAAAGACACAAAAUGACCAAAGAAUUACAUCAAAUUAAGCAAAAAAGGAAUCAAAUUGACCACAAAAUGACAAAAAAUGACCACAAAAAGACACAAAUUGACCAAAAAAGACACAAAAUUACCAAAAUAAAUACACAAAAUAGCCCAAAAAGAAACAAAAUUACCCCAAAAGACACAAAAUGACAAAAAAAGACACAAAAUGACCAACAAAAGACACAAAAUGACCAAAAAACCUACGAAAUGACCAAAAAAAGACAUUAAAUGACCAAAAAUACUAAAACACAUUAACCCAUGAACACUUUAACACAGUGGAGACAGAGCUGACUUCCAAAAAUGAUUUGGCGACCCCCAGAAAUCAUCUCGCGACCCCAACUGGGGUCCGGACCCCAAGGUUGAGAAUGGCUGCUCUGGAGUGGAGCUGACUGUGGUGCGGGUUAAGGAUUGUACUUUGUUUCCAAGCAGCAGUUUGGGAUGAAAAGUGUCCCAAUCAAGAGCAUUUUAUGCUGCUGCAAGUCAGCUUCAUGCAAUGAGUUUUAGUUGUUGUUUUUUUCUUCUAAAUCCUACGUUUGUUUUAAUUAUCGUAAGAAAAUUGGUCAAUAAAAUGAUUACCCUCACUCAACCAG